AUGCAAGUAAGCCUCAAGAAAGCUUAUGAAGCAGCAGCAUCAAAGAAGGGAGGAGGAGAAGAAGUGCUGUGCAAGUUCUGGAGGGAGCAACAACAACAACUAGGAGGAGGAGGUGCGAGUAAGAAAGUGAUAGACGAAAGGGGCAACACAAUGCUGCAUUUCAUGGCCAUGAGCAACAACACAUCGGCCUUGAAAAAACUUGUUGAUGUCGGGCUACACUAUGCUAACGAGCUCAAUCCCAGAAAUGAAAAAGGUGACACCCCACUUCAUGAAGCUGCCAAGUUGGGUCACAUGAAUUUCGUACAAAUGUUGGUCAAGAAUCCACGUUCGGUUUUUGAACGCAACAAGUUUGGAGAGACUCCUCUUUAUUCUGCUGCUGCCUAUGAAAAAGACGAGGUUUUCUAUUUUCUCAUGAGGGAAGUAAACAAUGGCAGAAACAGCAGCAACACCACCACCAACAUCACCGCUAUGGCUGCCAUGACCAAAUUUAUAAUGUCUAUUGUUAAUUAA